UUUUUUAAUAAGAUACCACAAACUUUAAAAAGUGUUUGCUAGCUCAAAAGAUUGCAUUAUAGCAAAGUCAAAUGGUUGCAGAAUUUUAGUGCAAGUUACCUCUAAAGAUUGCUUAUAGCAAAGUCAAAUGUUUGUAAAAUUUUAGUACCUUUGUCCUUCCACCUUUGCAGAUACCUGCUAGAUAGUCAGGGUCAGGAAGUCCGUAGUCAGUUUUUGAAGACCAGGUCAGUGUGCUCCACCUGACCAUAUUAUCAUUUUGGAUAAUUGUAUGGACAAUGGAGAACUCCCUAACUAAAAUUUCUUAUUUCAGGCACUUGUUGUCCUCAUGCAUGAUAAGGGACCAAACUGGGAGCUAAUAAGUGAUGCUAUCAACAGUACCCUGCAGUUCAAGAUGGGGUGUUAAGAAGCCUCAAAUCAUGAAAAAUUCUGUCACGAUCUUAUCAAAUGUAGGUCUUGGGAUGGCCAUGUUCAGUCUCGGACUGUUCAUGGCCUUGCAGCCAAGAAUCAUAGCCUGUGGGACUAAACUUGCCGCAUACGGAUUGGUUGCGAGGUUCCUCGCUGGCCCGGCUAUCAUGGCGAUCGCAUCUGCUGGGGUUGGCCUCAGAGGCACAAUCCUCAGAGUGUCCAUUGUUCAAGUGGGUCCAUUGCAUUUUCAGCUCAAUCUUCAAAACACACACAAACACAUUUUCAGCCUCUUACGUAUAAUGUCAUAACAUGCAAUUUCUUCCAUUUUGUAUGAUGAAAUU